AUGGCCGCUCCCAUGGAAUCAUCGAAUGAAUCACCUAAUAAUAUGUCCCUCAAAAUGGACACGAAUUGCCAGUCUGAUCAAUCAAAAAACACAAAAAUUCAAAAAAUUGGUUUCCUGGCUGGAGUCAGUGGAAUGGCUAUAUUUGCCGGGUUUGGAAUGACUUUAGCCAAGGCCAAGAGAAGACAUCCUGGAUCAUUUUCCAAGGGACUGAUACCUGAUCCAUCUGUUGAGCUCCAUGAGAGUGGGGCAGCAUUAGGGAUGAGAGCCCUACGGUGGGGAACCCUCUGGGCCAUCGUUGGGGUUGGGUCUCUUACCUUCUUGGUUUGCAAAGCCUUGGGAGUUAAAAAUGUAGAAGAAUUCAAGGUGAAAUUCCAAUCAGUGGCCCCUGCUAUCAGACGAAACGAGACUGAACCAGAGGAGGUCAUCAUUGCAAGAUUCAAAGCAGAAAUCUUUAAGGAUGAGAGGACGAAAAAUGAUAUAGACUGAGACCUAUUCUUUUGGUAACUCAUAACUGCCUUAUGACAGGAGUUUAUACAACAUAUAAUGAAGAGACCUAUGCCUCGACUUUUGGCAAGUUUGUACCAGUCUGUGACCUGGAUUUGGUCCUUUGAUGGGCAUUGACUAGUCUCCUAGAAGAGUGCUAAUUACUGUAUAGACGGAUGUCAUUCAUUGAGACGAGAUUCUGGUGAAUGAUCUUUGUCUAUUUAAUCAAAUGAUCAAGGAGUCCAGUUAGGAAUAUCCAACAGACAACUAAAAAUGGAUGGGAUAGAGAGAAUAAAGAUGGAUGCAAUUUAUUUGACUAGUUAGUGAUUAUCAAUGACUUCAAUAAUCUGGUUAGAUAACAGAUGUAUACCAGUUUGGUAAGAAACACAUUUUCUGGCUGAGGUGGUAAAUUAGAGGAUUG